AUGUCAAGCCAGUGCCAUGCCAUGUCACUAUUGCACGCAUGCCUUCUCAGGUGCCAUGCGCCUGUCGUUGCCUUAAGUGCCCAAGGCAGCCUUGCCAUCACUCCAACAUACUUUGGUCCAUCACAUUGCAUGUCUUUGGAACAUGUCAAGGCCAAUGUGUACCUUGACAUGGCCUUAGGGAGUGACUACCAGAGAGGAAAACAAUCCAAGUUUAAUCAAGGCUUGUCAUCCUUAUGGAGAAGUAAAGCAAGGGAAAAACAAGGGCCUAUCAUUUCUGCUAUUUCAGUCGAGAAAGGACUGAAGAAAGGUGCUAAUAAUUUUCUUGCUGCCAUGAUUGAAGUGAAACCAAAUGUGAAGGUGGAUCUGCCAGAUAGUGUUGCUGAUUUACUGAGGCAAUAUGCUGAUGUGAUGCCCCCUGAAUUUCUUAAAGAAUUGCCGCCAAGGAGUGAUAUCGAUCAAAAAAUUGAAUUGCUACCAGGUUCAGUUGCUCCUGCGCAGGCUCCUUAUCGAAUGGCUCCUAAAGAGUUGGCUGAAUUGCGAAAACAACUGAAUGAGUUAUUUGACGCUAGUUUGGUUCAACCAUCGAAGGCUCCUUAUG